AUGAUUUUUCGACCUCUAAGCUGGAGGCAUCUCCUAUCAUAUAAUCCGUCGCAGUCAAACGAUAAUCAUGUCCUAAGAUUCCUUCAAGAUGGCACCUUUCAGAUUACCGUAUUCUCGGAUCUCCAUUUUGCUGAAGAUGAAGACAAAAUUAAUGGUCCAAUGCAGGACGCGAGGACUGCGGAAGUUGUAAAGAAGGUGCUUGAACGCGAGAGCUCACAGCUAGUCGUGCUCAAUGGAGAUCUUAUAUCGGGCUAUGGCACCAGGGCUGACAAUGCGACGCUUUACUUGGAUCAGGUUGUCGCACCAAUUUUUGAUUUGGGCCUACCGUGGGCAACGACAUACGGGAAUCAUGAUAAUCAGGAUUACUCAAGAUCUACAGAUCUUUUGAAAAGAGAACAGGAUUAUCCUAACAGUUUAACUAAGAACAUGUUACCCGGUAACUCUCAGGCUGGGGUCUCCAACUACUUUCUGCAGGUAUACUCAGCUUCUGGAAAUCAAGAUGUACCAGAAGUUAUUCUAUGGUUUUUCGACAGCAGAGGAGGAGACGAGCCUCGUGACUGGGUAGAUGAUUCGGUUGUCAACUGGUUUAAAGAAACUAAUGCCAAUCUCACCCAUCAAUACAAGAAGACCAUCCCGUCGCUUGCCUUUUUCCAUAUACCUAUCGCUGCCGCAUACGAAUUCCAGGAAUCUCCAGGUGUUGAUCCCAAUACGGAACCAGGAAUCAAUGACGAAAGAGUCUGCUGGCAAGGUCAAAUGUUUGAUGAUAAGACAGGCCACGACGUGUCGUUCAUGACCGCGCUAUCGAACACGGAUGGGUUAUUAGCAACCUUUAGCGGCCAUGAUCAUAAAAACGACUGGUGGGAGCAAUCUUUAUCCUUUAUCAUUCGCGAGAAGAUUUGA